CUUCAGCUGGAUGGUGAUAGUGACAAGAGAGGUCUUACCUCUCCAGGAAACAAAUCUUAGUUAACGCUCUUUUUUUGCAUUUUUACGUGUUUUGGAAACUAUGGAGACCGACUGUACGGUUGAAAUAACUUUAACGUACAUUUACUGAAUAUAUAGUCAUUUCCGGAGGAUAUUACGGGUGUCUCUGGACCUUAAUGGCAAGUUAGACAGCCUUGUUUCGUUUACCAUGUGUGCGUAAAACUUCCCAGAAGAUGCCAUGCUAGCUACACAGAUACCAGAUGCGCCACCUGAGGCUAAAGAUGUCAAACAGAUCAAAGAUAAGCUGGCAAAGUCGCUAAAGGCCCUGCAGAAGCGAUAUGUGACGUCAGACGCAGUGGUAACCAGCGAGAACAGCGAUGCUAACCUGCUCUGCUGUGCGCUGGAGGCCAUCUUCAUCCACGGUAUCAAGAGCAAGUACGUCCGCUCCGAGGCUGGGGGCCGGAGUAGGAAGGGAGACAGAUGUCCACUCCCGCAGCCUUUCUUCUGGAGCCUCCUCAAGACCGUCACCCACCGUGAUGUGGUCACAGAGCUGGAGAAGAUCAGCUUCGUGGGAACAGAAGUGGGUCGCUGCCGAGCGUGGCUGCGGCUGGCCCUCAACCACGGCCUGCUCGAGUGCUACUUGGUGUCGCUGUUUCGUGAGGGCUCCAAGUUGCGGACCUACUACCAGCCCAGUGCCUUGCUCCUGAACACAGAGGAGCGGGAAGUCCUGCUCAGCUACCUCCAGGGUCUCGCCUCUCUUACAUUCAACCUAUCGUACAAGUCUGCUGUCCUCAACGAAUGGACCACCACGCCUCUGGCUCUCGCCGGACUCUGCCCCAUGUCCCAGGUGGACACGGUCGAACUGCCCCUCAACGGCGGAGACCACCCCAACUCCAAAUCUGUAAACAAAGAAUGGGAUACAGUGUCGCAGUCGUCCGGAUCUUCAGAUACACAGGAUUUGCAGAGAGGGUGCCCAGGGAGAGGCACAGGGUUAUUACAAGGGGGCAGGAAUGCUAUGAACUCGUCAAAUGUAAGCCUGGACACCACCGGCUCCUCGCAGCUCUCCUCCAGCCUGAGCUCUGACAGCCUUUUGCAGGGGCAGGACCCCCGCAGCCCCACAGGAGAGCCCUGGUACGACCAGGACAUGCCCAUAAAUGUCAACAUCAGCACCAAGAAGCUAAAGGAUUCUCCGACAGAGUUCAGGGAGAGCGGACACUGCAGCCAGGACUCCAUGCGUGAGGACUCAUUCGUCUCCAGCACGGAUCCCGACCAGAACUCGGAGACGGCCGUUUUCAGCGGCUCCGACAGCGACACCCAGGGUCCCCCUACUUCAUCCCAAGAACUUGUGGACCCUCUUCCAAACUCUGAUUCAGAGCCCUCGCCAACAUCUGAUGAGAUUCAUGUUGACUACACUCCGUCAGAAGUGGGCAACCAUACCGCUGAGCUACUCUUGGACACAGACACGCUCUCUACUGUCGGUGAGCCUGUGGAGUCUGUAGAAGAAGAACAACAUACGAACAAUUCUCCGGAGACUACAGAGCCUGUCGAGGAAGAGAGGGAGGAAGAAGAGACUCCUGAGCCUACAGUGCCUCCAAGCUCAAGUCGCUCCACCAGCAUCCUGAGCAGAAAGCUGUCCACAGAUUCUCUAAACCAUUCUUGUUCCUGGAUCUCUGAGGAUGACAUCUACAUGCCCCACCUGGAGGAGGUGCCGGACAAUAGCGAGCCCCUCCUCCCGCCCCCCCAGCUGAGCCCUCUCAGUCACCCCCCUGGUGUCGUCCAUCGCAGACAAAGAGGGCUGUUCAACCCUUUUCGCGGCUUGCUGAAGCUCGGUCACCUGGAGCGCCGAGGUGCGAUGGGAAUGUGGCGUGAUCACUACUGUGAGCUGUCGCCCUUCGAGUUCCGUCUGUAUCUCAACGCAGAGGAGCGCACCUGCAGCGACAACUGCUCCCUGCUGCGCUGUGAGGAGGCCCGCAUCGCCUCGCCCGAGGGCCGCUUCGAGGUGGCCUUUCCUGGGAAGCGGCUGUACCUCCGGGCGGCCAAUCGGGACGAAGCCGAGGACUGGGUGGACCGGAUAGUAGAAGCCCUCAACAAAUGCCGACCAGCAGCUCGUGCUGAUGACCACUGGGAGGUUCUGGUACCAACCACUGAGAACGGUGUGGAUGCGUUGUCCCCAACCUCCGCCCCCUCUAGCCCUGAGCGCACUUCAUUAUCCUCUGACACAGGGAUGGGUGGGGUGCAGACGCCUCCUCCACAGGAAUUCGAUUGGUCUCGGACUGCUGAUCUGGAAAGGGAUGCGAUCAAAGAAACAGUUUUGUACUUCUCCAACGAUCCCGAGGCUCGGAUAUGGGCUCCUCUGGUCUUCUCCCUCUCUUUGGAGGCCUUGAAAGGUUUCCGGGUAGAAGAGGGGAGGAAGCUGCUGCGGCAGACCCACCUGAUUGAGGAAAUCCGGGACGUGGUGCCCGAUGUCUCUCUGGGAGGGCCGGCCUUUUUUAAACUCCUGACCGUCAGGGACACGCUGAGACUCCGAGCGGAGGACCCCGAGGAGGCUCGCUCCUGGAGGGUUCUGAUCCGCGGAGCUCUGGACUCAUACCUGGAGAGCGGGGAGGAGGGAGGGUCGGUGGAGCCAGCUGUGGUGACUGGAAACCUCCAACGACUGGUGCAGCACAGACUCAAAGAAGAUGGAGCCCUUCUUGUUAAUCUGUGCACUGUGCCGUCAGAGAAGGGGCUCGACACUCAGAGCUUCAAGUGUGCAGGUUGUCCUCAGCAGAUAGGCCCAUCCCGAGGCAGAGCCCGGCUUUGUGAGUUCACGGGAAAGUACUACUGUGAGUCCUGUCACCACGGCGACACCAGCAUCAUCCCUUCACGCAUGGUGCACAACUGGGACGUCGCACAAAGAGAGGUGUCUAAGAAGGCCCUGCGUCUGCUGGCUCAGGUGGAGCAGGAGCCUCUGCUGAACCUGGAGCAGCUGAACCCUGAGCUGGUGAAGCACGCAGACUCCAUGUCUGAUGCCCACGUGCUGCGGCAGAGGCUGCGUCUGCUGGGAGACUACCUGCUCACCUGCCGCAGCGGAGCUGGCAAAAAACUCCUGGCCAGAAUGGAGCAGCGUACAUACCUGCUGGAGUCGAGCCAUCUGUACAGUGUCCUGGACCUGCGACAGAUAGCAGAGGGUCAAUAUGCAAACUACCUGGUGACACUGCUGCAGUACGCCUCCAACCACGUGUUCCACUGUGACCUGUGCACGCAACGCGGCUUUAUAUGUCAGAUAUGCCACGCCAAUGACAUCAUCUUCCCCUUCCAGUUUGACAUCACCACCAGGUGUAAAGAUUGUAAGGCUGUGUUUCACCUGGCCUGCAAAGCUGCGGGGGUGUCGUGUCCCCGCUGUCAGCGGAUGAAGAAAUACCUGGAGAGGGAUCUGCGGGUCUUGAGCGCUGACGGAGAGAACAUUAACUGAAAAUCUAGCUUUCACAUGAAGUAACCUCAAGUGCAAUUAUGAGGGCGAUUUGCCUGACUUAACAGUAGAGGGCGGUGUGUGGGCGACUGUGCUGAAGUAGCUAAACUCUUGCACUAACUUAAAGUCACAUCGGACCUCAUGAUGCUGACAUAACCCAGCCAAAUAUUACUGACUUUAAUACAUCUCUGAAUCCAGACCACGCCACUGCAUCAAAACGGAGGACUGGGCAACGGUGGAGGUUGCUGCCAAGAAUCAUAUCCAACACCUUUUUACAGCAUUUUAUUUUUACUUUGCCUUACAGUGUGGGGAAUAGGGCUGUACCGAAUGUCUUUCUUUUUUUUCACGAUUGAUGUUCUUGAAUGAUGAUUCAGAUAACUGUCGUAAAAAAUACCAAAAAAAACCGGCUUACUGAAUCAUUGAUACAGUCAAUGUGUAAGACUUUUUUUUAUCAAAUCAACUUAUUUAAUGAAUAUAGCAUAUUUAGUUUUUUCAACAUAAAUACAUGUGGGUGCAGAAAUAUCAGGUUUGAAACGCAUUGGAAUUUUUCAUUUGAAUGUCAUUGUUAUGAAUGAAGUUUUUAGUAUUCGGUACAGCCCUAGCCGUUCUUCACCAUCAUGUUUACCGGAAAUGCUCCACAGAGCUUCCUGCAUUUGUCUCAGACGCACAUAUUUAAACAGAAUGCAGCAGUGACGUUGGGUGCUGAGAAUACAAAAAAAGGAAAACAGCACUUAAAAUGUUCUAAUCGGCACAUUUAUUUUAAUUGUGCCUUCUUUUUAAUUUAAGCUUUACACUAUUUUCCUUUUUGUGUGUGUUAAACAAGGGGCCAAAAAGCAUCACACAGGCUAUUAUUUUUUACCAUAACCAGAUGAGGAAAAUGAAUGAUGAUAAUAGUACAUUUCUGCAUUAGUUGCUGAUUUGGUAGAAUAGUAAAAAUCAUUAACUGAGAAGACUUUGUUGAAUGUUUCUUUGAGUAUAUUAACUCAAAAAAAUAGUUUUAAAAAUAAUCUAAUCUUGUUUGAUUCAUACUGAUGUAAUUCAUAAGGUUGCUUGCGGCAAAUUAUUAGAUAUCACAUUGAUACUGAAGUCAAAUCCAUUUAGCAUAUUUGCACCUGGCUAUGACUGUUCAAGUGAUAUUUUAUCAAGAUUUUAGUUGAAGUAAAAAGAAAUAGAAAUGAACAGAAGGUUUGCUUGUCGAGUGCAUUUAGAUAUAUACAGAACAUAUCACCUGCAAGUGGCAAGUACUGAAUACUGCAGUACUGUUGUUCAAUGUUUUCAUUUCAUUUAAUACAGAUGCAUAAAUGACCAUCAUGAAACAAAAUGUCAUUGUGUCAUUUCAUGAAUCUGUUCUGUUUUAGGCAGAAUUGAUCAUUGUAUCAGACCUGACACUUUAUUAGAGAGGUGUUGGGAAAUACAUUGACCUGGCUGACAUAUGCAUCCACAUGCAGUCAUCUACAUCCACAUGCAGUCAUCUACAUCAGAACAUUUUCUGAAGAGUAUGAAUCCUUAAAAUCAACUUGAUUGCUUUUUUAGCAUUUAAGUAUGGCUACAAUGCAAAACGAAUAACAUUAUGUUUUUGAACAUUCAUCACAGGAUGAAAAUGCUGAUUAAUAUUUGUUAUUAAGGCAAUUAUUUCCUGGGUAAUAUCUGUUUAUAAUUUUAAAUGAGACAUCCCUUAAUCAUAGUGUAAAUUUCCUCCCAAAGAAAUCCAGUGCAUGUCUGUCCUAUCUGUUCUAGUAAUUUACAUCAAUAAAAACAAAGACGCCA